AUUUAAUUAAUGAAAAGAAUCCUAAUCUGUUUGCUUUUCAUAUCUUUAAUAUCUGCCAGGGCUGUUAAUCACCUUGCAGACACUGCAAAGCCAACCGAUCCCAAAGCAGCUGAUCCUAAAGCAGCUGAUCCUAAAGCUGCCGCAACUAAACCAACCGAUCCAAAAGCAGCCGAUCCAAAAGCAGCCGAUCCUAAAGCAGCCGAUCCUAAAGCAGCUGAUCCUAAAGCUGCCGCAGCUAAACCAACUGAUCCAAAAGCAGCUGAUCCUAAAGCAGCCGACCCUAAAAAGGAUGAAGGAAAGAAGGAAGAGCCUAAAAAGGAUGAGGGAAAGAAAGAAGAACCCAAAAAGGAUGAAGGAAAGAAGGAAGAACCAAAAAAAGACGAAGGAAAGAAAGAAGAACCAAAAAAAGACGAAGGAAAGAAAGAAGAACCAAAAAAAGACGAAGGAAAGAAGGAGGAGCCAAAAAAAGAUGAAGGAAAGAAAGAAGAACCUAAAAAGGAUGAGGGAAAGAAAGAAGAACCUAAAAAGGAUGAAGGAAAGAAAGACGAAAAGAAAGACGAGAAGAAAGAUGAAGGAAAGAAAGAAGAACCUAAAAAGGAUGAAGGUAAGAAAGACGAGAAGAAAGAUGAAAAGAAAGACGAGAAGAAAGAUGAAAAGAAAGACGAGAAGAAAGAUGAAAAGAAGGAUGAGAAGAAAGACGAGAAGAAGGAUGAAAAGAAGGAUGAGAAGAAGGAUGAAAAGAAGGAUGAAAAGAAGGAUGAGAAGAAGGAUGAAAAGAAAGAUGAGAAAAAAGAUGAAAAGAAGGAUGAAAAGAAAGACAAGAAGGAUGAUAAGGAUGAAAAGAAAGACAAGAAGGAUGAAAAGAAAGAGGAAAAGAAAAAGGAGGAGCCAAAAUAAAGCCCUGAAGAAAAGAAAUUCAGAUCAUGCAUCGAAGAUAAAUGUGGGUCAUAAGCUAAAGACUGUGACAAGACUUGCAACUCAAAAUUAGAAUAAUGCAAGAAUGUAGUCUAUGUUGCUGGAUAUCAAGCUGUAAGACUACAUAUUUAUAUUUAUAGUAUUUGGAUUGCAUUAAUGAGAGUAAGCCUGCAGUUGCCCUACUUGAUUGUGUUUAAUCUAAAUGCUUGGAGUGAAAAUAAUUCUACAUUUAAAAAUAUUCAUAUAUAUUUAAUUUAAGAAAACA